ACCAUCACCACCAUUAUCACCGUCACCAUCGCCAAUAUCACUACCACCAUCACCACCACCAUCACCACCUCCGCCAAUAUCACCACCACCACCACCACUAUCACCAUCACCACCAUUAUCACCGUCACCAUCGCCAAUAUCACUACCACCAUCACCACCUCCGCCAAUAUCACCACCACCACCACCACUAUCACCAUCACCACCAUUAUCACCGUCACCAUCGCCAAUAUCACUACCACCGUCACCACCACCAUCACCACCACCUCCGCCAAUAUCACCAACACCACCACCAUCACCAUCACCAUCACCACCAUUAUCACC